CCACCUUGCUAUGGAAUGUGUUGCUUUACUUCCAGUAAAUCUCUUCCAAUUUCACUGUGACAUUCAAACUGUUCUGCAGUUGGACUUCUCACUUGGAGCUCUUAAUACAGCACAGAACUAAGUCCUGAGGAUUACUUUUUUCCUCCCUCCAUACUCUCUGUGGCUUAUUUGGUUCAUUCUGUUGCAGUUGGGUUUUUAUUGUAGCAAGUUAAGGAUGGCAUCCCAAAGCAGAGCGCACUCCUAUGCAAUUCCAGAGAAUGAAGAAGUCUCACAUACUCAUCAAAAUGGACACAGUGACCAUGGAAAUCAAGAUGAAAGAGCCGUGUCAAAAUUGCAGCGUAGGCACAGUGAUGUUAAAGUAUACAAAGAGAUUUGUGACUUUUAUGCAAGAUUCAACAUGGCAAAUGCUCUUGCAAAUGCCAUGUGUGAGCGCUGUCGAGGUGGCUUUGCACCUGCGGAGAAGAUUGUGAACAGCAAUGGCGAGCUGUAUCAUGAACAGUGUUUUGUGUGUGCCCAGUGCUUCCAGCAGUUUCCAGAAGGACUCUUCUAUGAGUUUGAAGGAAGGAAGUACUGUGAACAUGACUUUCAGAUGCUUUUUGCCCCUUGCUGUCACCAGUGUGGGGAGUUCAUUAUUGGUCGUGUGAUUAAAGCUAUGAACAACAGUUGGCAUCCAGAAUGCUUCUGCUGUGAUAUCUGUCAACAGGUACUGGCCGACAUUGGAUUUGUCAAGAAUGCUGGCAGGCAUCUUGCCGUCUUCCCUAAUCGGGAGAAAGCCAGAGUUGGUAAAUACAUUUGCCAGAAGUGCCAUGCCAUUAUUGUGAACAGCUCUCAUCUUCAAGACGACCCUUACCAUCGUCACUUCAAUUGUGCCAACUGCGGAAAGGAACUUACUGCUGAAGCUCGCGAAACUGAAGGGGGAACGUCUGUUUGCCUUGCCAUGACCAAUGGGGUGCCCAUCUGUGGAGCAUGCAGGAGGCCCAUGAAGGGCAAGUGUGAUCGAGUAGUGAAUGCUAUGGGCAAACAGUGGCAUGUAGAGCAUUUUGUUUGUGCAAAGUGUGAGAAACCAUUCCUAGGCCACCGUCACUAUGAGAGGAAGGGAUUGGCAUACUGUGAAACCCAUUACAAUCAGCUGUUUGGUGAUGUUUGCUUCCACUGUAAUCGCGUGAUUGAAGGAGAUGUUGUGUCCGCCUUGAAUAAGGCAUGGUGUGUGAACUGCUUUGCAUGUUCUACCUGCAACACUAAGUUAACGCUCAAGGACAAGUUUGUUGAAAUCGAUCUCAAACCUGUAUGCAAACACUGUUACGAGAAAAUGCCAGAAGAGUUUAAGCGGAGACUUGCCAAACGGGAGCGUGAAGCAAAGGAUAAAGACAAACACAAAAAGAAAAAGCCAGUCUGCUUGUAAACAUUUCAUUCCUGUCUUCUGCCAUCUGUCCUCUUUCCUUCCUUUUGAAACAAGUUUGUGGAAUUUGAUAUGAAGCCUGUCUGCAAGAAGUGUUACGAGAAGUUCCCACUGGAACUUAAGAAGAGACUAAAAAAAUUGGCUGAAACCUUGGGAAGGAAGUGAGACCCUCUUCAUUCAGAUCUCAUCUUGAUGUGCAACAUAUAGGAAAUUGUAUUGGUGUUAACAAACGAGUCCUUGAAUCCUUAAUUCAAAAGAAAAGUAUUCCUCAGCAUGACUAGCUAGAUACUAAAACAUUUGCCUCACCUUGAAAAUAUACCUCUAAAACUCCUUCGCAUUAAGGCUUGGAAACAUAUGGCCCUCCAGAUGAAUUGGACUGCCCCUCCCAUCAGUCUUAGCCAGAAUAGUUACUUGUAAGAGAUGUUGGCACUUAUAGGCCAAAAAUAUGUAGAGGUCACAUGUUCCAUAGUCAUGCUUUUCAUCUUAUGUAAGCUCAUAUCCAACCAUUUAAAUUUUGCAUUUUACACUUAUAUGAAUUUGUAGAUAUCUAUAUAUCUUGUAUUUGCUUAGCAGAUGGAGGAUGAAAAAUUAAUGGACACAUUGGGAAUAAAGUAUAAGAUUUCCCUUGCCACAUAGACCAAAUUUCACUGUAAACUAUAGUCCAGCAUGGAGCAAAAUAUAGCAGAACCACAACAGAACAAAACACAGCCAAUGCUGGUUCCCAUUCGUCAGUGUGACAAAAACUUUCUUCUCUUCACUUCUGAAAAUGAACUCUGGACAGUUUCCCAUUGCUCUGAAACAAGUUUGAGGAUACACCGUGGGGCUACCAUAUCCAAAUAUCUAAACUCUCCCUCCAAAAACCAUCUCAACAGUGGAAAUACUCCUUUGAAUCCUGGCCAGAGAGUGUAGUUAGUGUGAGGCUGGAAACCUGCACAUACUUGGGGGUAAGUCCAUGGGCCUUAUUUUGAGGACUGCCCUGUUAAGUGCCAUAAAGAAAUUCACUGAAUCAUGAUUCUAGCUGUUAAGCAUAUUUAGCUAUGAGUCUGAAUUGACCAGUCUUAAUGUUAAAAAUCUUUGAGAACAGUACCUAUAAAUCAUGAGGUUUUUGAAAAACUAUUUCUGGUUUAUGAACUAAUCGGAAACAAUCUUAUUUUUCACUUCUUUCUGUUGCCUCGGGGAAGGCUUUAUUUUUAAAAAUGUGUUCUCAAAUAGUUCAUAUGGUAUUAGGAGGCCUUGUUAAACAUUCCACUAGCUUAUUGGAAAGAAUCUGCUGUAUCUAAAGGGCUCUACAGGUUGGCCAUAAAGGCUGGCAUGGGGGCAGAAUAGGGGCAUGCCCUGACUCUGCUCCCAUGUCAACGCUCCUCUGGCACUGUGUUGAGAUGACACAAAGCCAGAGGAGGACAGAAAAGACAUGGCACUGGCAGCUAUGGUGCACUUUCUACGACACAGAAAGUCCAGAUUGGGGCCGUAAAGAAAGAGGAGGUUGCAGGCCUCCCCUUAGGGGCAGUCUGUACAGCCCCUAAGUUAUGAAGAUUCAAACCUCUGUAACAUCCUGGAUACAGAUUGUAAAGAAUUCUUAUUUUUUUUCCCUGCCUUGUUCAGAGAUCAAUAAUUUUUGUAACUGAUCAGUGUACACAAGAUUUAAAUCUUUGGCCCAGGACUGUCCACCUCAAAAUGGCGGCCGUCUGAUUCCUUCUCCAGAAAUGCUGCAGCUGCCAAACCACUCAUCGUCCCUUCGGAGUAAAAAGUACCCAGGAAAACCGGUGUAUUUUUUUGGUCGCUGGGCGGACAUCAAGAUGGCGGCACCCAUGUGGAUGAGACGCAGCCAUCAGGCCGCCACCAUUACAUACGAGGGGUCUAGACAUACGGUUGCUGCGCGGUCCAGAACCCUAGUAUCCCUUUCGGUCUGUCUGUUUUGGGCCUAUAAUUCUUACAGAGCGGAAUGACUCCAAAAUGCAUCAUUUGAAGACUGCAACCCAAACCAGAAAAUGGCAAGAUGUCUGCACAUCUAGAAAUACAUAUACAUAGAACUACUUGAAUAUUAUGAGAAUCCUUCUCUGUAAUAGAUAAAUAUUCCUGUGUGCUUUUGUACUUCAUUUCCUUGUGCCUUAUUCUACCGCAUAUAUGCAAUAUUAGCCAAAAUAGUUAUCUUUUACAUAUGGUUACUUUGUAUUUUUAUGCAGAAAAUAUAUGCCAAGCCUUUCAAAGUACGGCAUAUACUAAACCUUUUAAAAAUUCAUAUUUUAAUGAUGGAAGAUGCUUUUCAAAGUAUAUUUCCUUUUAUUUUCUCAUCUUAUUUUAAAAUAGUAUGCAAAAUAAAAAUCUGAACAUGUACUAAUUUUGACCAAGAGAAUAUUAAUUUUUAAUUUAAUACAAUGUAUUUAUUGCACUUUCUUCCUCUGUGGAAUAGAAGUCACAUCUGAUUGUGGAAUUAACUGCAAUCCUAUAUAUGUCUAUUCAAAAGUGUCCCACUCAAUUCAGUGAAUUCAUUUCCAAAUGAGUGAGUUGUAGGAUUUCAAAGCUGAACUCUAUGGAACUUCAGAGUAGACAUAUAUAUGAUUGCAUUGUCAUAAAAUGAUCUGGUAGAGAAUUACAAAGGAAUUGUUAAUUUUGCUAUUAAUAAAUUACAGUAGUUUGAAAUUUA